AUGGACCUCUCUGACAAAAAGUCUGCGUCAGUGGCCAAGCCAGGAGAGUUUCUCACAGCCAUGUCACCUCAAGAAGUGGACUUGGAUCACAGGCCAGGAUCAGAAAAUGUUCCUGCUAAUGGGAAUCACCACAGCCAGCCAAAAUGCAGUGUGACUAGUGACAACCUGCUGCUGGAUGGACACAACAUGAUGGGUGUCAGAAGCAAAGGCAGUGACAGCAGAUCUAUCUGUGUUGGCAAGACCUCCAAAGCCCUGAUCUUCCUCAUGAGCAAUAAGGAAGUCUAUGGAGGAGUCCUCAACAAAAAUGCCCGUGAUAUGAUUGUGGGCAUGUAA